AUGGAGGUCGAGAUCAUUUCCAAAGAGCUUGUCAAGCCAUCUUCCCCCAUGCCGGCUCAUCUCCGGACUUACGGGCUCUCCCUCCUGGACUCGCUCGUCCCCGCCGCCCACAUCCCCAUGAUCCUCUUCUACGACCGCCCAACUGCUUUCUCCACAGACGAAGCCCUGCGAUGCCUCAAGCGAUCCCCCUCCCAGGCCAAGGUCGACUGCUCUCUCUACGAUGUCCUCGUGCGGUCCGAUGCGAAAGUCAUCCGCAAGCUCCUCCCGGACGAGCCUUCUCAGUUGGAAUCAUCGAGCAGCGACGGAAAUGGCAUUCACGUCAUCAUGGUCCAGGUGAACGUGUUCGAGUGCGGGGGGAUUGCCCUCGGCACCUACCUCUCCCACAAGAUCAUCGACAGCCCGACUUCUGAAAUUCGGCACCUGCACGACCAAGCUCUUCAUCUUCGAUGCCACUGCCAUUGCAGCAAUCAAGUCCGCAGCGGCGCACCGUCACUGGUGGCACACCUGACGCGGAUCGAGGCAGUCUCAGCCUUCAUAUGGGGGUGCUGCAUCGCCACCACUGAGGCCUGCCAGAACGGCGCACGCCAGCCUUCCAUGCUCUCCCACAUGAUAAACCUCUGGAGCAAGAACAAGAGCUCGGCGGCAGCACUGCUGGAGCACGUGAUCGGGAACCUGAUCUGGUUCAUGACGGCGAGAUCCGAGCCAGAGUCAGAAAGGAAUCUCCAAUCCCUCACGAGCGCGCUCCGAGAGUCGCUCCUAAUGCUGAAUGUCGAGUUCUUCGAGGGAUUGGCCGGCGAGGAGGGGGUGUCUCAGGUGUGCGAGUUCCUGGAGGAGAUGAGCGAGGCGUACGGGGAUGAGGGGGCGGACCACUUCGGCUUCAGUAGCCUGUUCAACAUGGGGGUUUAUAAGGCCGAUUUCGGGUGGGGCAAGCCAGUGCGGUUCAGCCCAAGCGGGAUCAACCUGCCGGUUUAUCAGAACGUGGUGUUCCUGAUCGAGACGAGGAGAGGGGACGGGAUUGAGGCGUGGGUCACGCUGGGCGAUGAGGACAUGGCCGUGCUCCAGCACGACGGCGAGCUUCUCUCGUGUGCUUCCGUCGAGCCAGAGCCCUCUCCCAGCUCAGUAGAUGAUCGGAGAUCGUCUCUCUCCUGUCCUGCUCGUUUGGAAUACGAAUAAGAGCCAUUUUAUUCGAAAUGUCGUUCGUUUGGCGCUCUUGAACUUGCUGCUG